UUCGAAAAAUUAACUCUAUUUUUUCUCUUCUUUAAAUAUAUCUCAAAGUCAAAAUGGGUGAUUUAAAACGGAAAGGGAGGAAGUAGGAAACUACCACUAUUUUCACAUGGAAUCAUAAUCAUCUCUGUGGAGACAACAAAAACAACAUCAAAAUCACCUCCACAUAAGCAGUAAACGACUGAAAUUCAAGUUGCCACGGCGUCCAUAUCGGACUCUACCGCGAUCCGUCGCACGCUGGAUCUAAUCUAGCGGCUGCCACCGUUUCUUUGUCAGGUUGAGUUAAUCUAUUCGCUGGGAACCAGAACCAAAUAGAGAUGUUCUCAUUGUUCUACGGGCUUUGGAAGUACGUCUUCAGUAAGACAGAGUUUCAUGUCCUUAUUUUGGGGAUUGACAAAGCUGGAAAAACGACAUUAUUAGAGAAAUUGAAGUCACAAUUCUUAAACAUAGAAGGUCUUCCACCUGAUCGCAUUGUUCCAACAGUCGGACUGAAUAUCGGCCGCGUUGAAGUCUCGAAUUCAAAACUUGUGUUUUGGGACCUCGGAGGGCAGCCUGGUCUUCGCUCAAUCUGGGAGAAGUAUUACGAGGAGGCAAAUGCAGUGUUGUUUGUGGUUGAUGCUGCUUGUCCGUCACGUUUUGAAGAUGCGAAAUCCGCACUUGAAAAGGUUCUCCGGCAUGAGGAUCUCCAUGGAGCUCCGCUUUUAAUAGUGGCAAACAAACAGGAUUUGGCUGAAGCUGCAUCGGCUGAAGAACUUGACCGGUAUCUGGAUCUCAAGAAACUGGGUGAGAGAGUCUACAAAAUCCAAGCUGUUUCAGCAUACGAAGGGAUCGGAAUCAAGGAAAGUGUGAACUGGCUCGUCGAUGCAAUGGAAAGAAGUAAGAGAACGGAAAUGCUGAAACUGCGCGUAGACUCCACCAAUUUCUGAUCAAAAUGCGGAUACAUGUAAUAAAAGACAUACCUUGUCCUCAUCCACCUCAGGAAUUACAUUACAUGCAAACUCUGUGUAAGUAAUACAAUGUUCAGUCUUAAUUGUUAGCUUUAACACAAAUACCACAAUUUACACACAUUUAACUGAUAAAGAGAACCUGAGUGAGCUGUGGGUACUGUGAUUUUUGUGCUUACAAUUUCGCUUCGGUUUCAAAUAUCAAGGACCACAAACACAAUGUUUUAGAAUUGGGGAAUAUAUAUAUGUAACACUC